AUGAGUGUGCCACACCUGGACGAGUGGCAGAAGAGGUCCUUUGACAUUUCGUCUGGCACCUGUACACCUGAACAGAAGGCGGAUGCCUACAGGGCUCACAUCCUGUCCAUUCAGUAUGCAUGGGCGAAUUCCCAACUCUCACCGGCCGGAGCGAGCAACCUGUUCAGGACCUAUUCAGAACGCUACGCCUCAGUCUUGGACUCAGACGACCAACAAGCAGGGCUCAACAACUAUGCCGACAGUGCUUUGCACCUGGCUCGAAAUCAGAGGAACCACAGUGACAAAUGGGAGUCAUCCCUGACCAUGGAAAAUGUAUUUGACCUGCCGUGCGUGCAGAAAAUGCUCGUGGUGAGGGCUGGCAUUAGGUCCCCCAGUGAAUUAGCAGAUAGUAACGUGAUUGUUGGUGGGGAGGUCAUGGAGAAUUCCGGUACAGGAGUUGCCCAGCCCAGUCUCACCUGUGGGGGUAAAGUAGAACCUCCUCAAUCCAGACCUUUUGUGCGUCCCACCAGGGCUGAGGUGGGGAAGGGGGUCUUUACCUCUUUCAGUGGUGCCGGGGAGAAAGCCAAGGAAUGGCAGGCAACUUCUCCUGCCACCUCUUUUGCUCAUAAUCCUGGGAAAGCUCCUGUUGGGUCUACGCCACUCUUUGGAAGUAACAGUGCUGCAAACACUGGUACUUUACCUCAGGCCAGUGCUGAUUAUGCCAGUUCUCACAAUCACCCAUCUGUAUUCUUCUCCUCAUCAAACUCCUCCAAAAGAAAAAACUUCUACAGCCCAGGACAAGAAGGUAAUAGGGGGUCAUUUCCAGUCCAUGGGGGGCAAGAGCCACCUGGAGGGGUGAGAAAAGCAGGGGAGAGUGUCAGCAAUAACUUUAAAACUGCACGAGAGCAGCUUAUUGUCGACCAGCAGAAAAAAAAUUCCAACCAGGCCCACCGAGGUACAGCAGGGGGCGUGGCAACCAUCACCAAAAAAUGUCUGGGGGCCAGUCGGUCCCGAGGAGCAUUUUCUAAAUUCGUCUCCCCCAUGCCCAGACAGGAGGAAGAGGGUGGAACCACCAAUGACAACACCCUGGAGUCUCAACCAAUUGACGAGCGACUGAAGAACUUCGAACCCAAAAUCAUUGAGCUGAUCAUGAGUGAGAUCAUGGAUCAUGGUCCGCCAGUGGCCUGGGAUGACAUUGCUGGUUUGGAGUUUGCCAAAACCACCAUAAAGGAGAUUGUGGUUUGGCCCAUGCUGAGACCUGAUAUCUUUACUGGUCUGCGAGGUCCUCCCAAGGGAAUUCUUCUGUUUGGACCUCCAGGAACAGGGAAAACCUUGAUUGGAAAAUGCAUCGCCUGCCAGUCCGGGGCCACGUUCUUCAGCAUCAGUGCUUCCUCACUCACCUCCAAGUGGGUGGGCGAGGGAGAGAAAAUGGUACGAGCGCUGUUUGCCAUCGCCCGGUGCCACCAACCUGCCGUGAUCUUCAUCGAUGAGAUCGACUCACUCCUCUCUCAGCGCACGGAUGGAGAGCAUGACUCGUCUCGGCGGAUCAAGACUGAAUUCCUGGUCCAGCUGGACGGCGCCGCUACCUCAGCCGACGACCGGAUCCUAGUGGUUGGUGCCACCAACAGGCCCCAGGAGAUUGAUGAAGCUGCUCGCCGUAGGCUGGCCAAACGCCUCUACAUUCCUCUCCCAGAAGCUGCUGCCCGUAGACAGAUUGUCAGCAACCUCAUGUCCAGAGAGAAGAGUCAGAUUGGAUCAGAGGACCUGGAAAGGGUGGUAUCGGGAACAGAAGGGUUUUCCGGGGCUGAUAUGACACAGCUGUGCCGUGAGGCCGCCCUCGGGCCCAUCCGAAGCAUCCAGCUAAGUGACAUGGCCACUAUCACACCUGAACAGGUACGGCCCAUCCUCUACAGUGACUUCCAGGAAGCCCUGAAGACAGUACGACCCAGCGUGUCAGCCAAAGACCUGGAGCUCUAUGAAGAGUGGAAUAAGACUUUUGGCUGUGGACGCUAAACUGAAAC